AUGGAGGCAAAAGAGGGAAUAACAGUAAGUUCAGGUGUGACAGUUAAGGCAGAAGAAGCUCCUGAUGGCUUCAGGGUAGCACCCAGAAAUGAAAAUUCUAGCCCCAAUCCAAAUCCAAACCCAAACCCAAGCCUAAACCCAAUCAAUAACCAUAACCCGAACCCGACCCCGAACCCGAAUCCGAACCCUAACUCUAACUCAAACCCUAUCCCAAACCCUAACCCUAACCCUAACGCUGGCCCGUUCAGUGGGCCACUGGUGGUUGCCUCCCCGGUGGGUGCAUCUACGGCGGGUGCCUCUCCAGCGAGUGUGGGUGGUGCGGAUACUGGGUUCAAGAAGAAAAGGGGAAGGCCUAGAAAGUAUGCCCCUGAUGGCACUUUAAAUACAGCAUUGUCACCAAUGCCGAUAUCGUCCUCUAUUCCGCUUGGGGACUUUUCUGCUUGGAAACGGGGUAGAGGACGGCCCAUAGAGUCAGUCAAGAAGCAACAUAAUUAUGAAUAUGAGAGCACAGGUGACAAAAUUGCAUACUUUGUUGGUGCUAAUUUCAUGCCCCAUGUGAUCACAGUUAAUGCUGGCGAGGAUGUGACGAUGAAGGUCAUGUCCUUCUCGCAACAAGGAGCUCGUGCUAUAUGCAUUCUUUCUGCAAAUGGGACUAUCUCUAAUGUUACACUUCGUCAACCUACUUCUUCUGGUGGUACUCUAACAUAUGAGGGUCGUUUUGAGAUACUUUCUUUAUCUGGGUCAUUUAUGCCCAAUGGUAGUGGAGGAACAAAGAGCAGAUCUGGUGGGAUGAGUGUCUCUUUGGCAGGUCCAGAUGGUCGUGUUGUGGGGGGAGGACUUGCUGGUCUGCUGGUGGCAGCUGGCCCUGUGCAGGUUGUCGUGGGCAGUUUUCUACCCGGUCAUCAGCAGGAGUCAAAGAACAAGAAGCAGAGAAUUGAACCUACACCAUCUGUCAUUCCUACUACUAUCCAUGUUAUCUCCCCAGAAGAAAUGAAGGGGUCCUUUGGUGGAGUAAGACCUGUUGCCUUACCUUCUCCAUCCUUCCAUGGAGACAAUCCAGCUUCUCUUAACCACAUGCAAGCCUUUAGGGAUCCACCUUCUGACAACAAAACUUCUUCACCUGAUGAUGGAUCUAAAGGUCCUGACCAUUCAAACUGUGAGAUCUCCUACUGA